CCCGCGGGGCGAUGGGUUGAUGGGCGCCUGGGGACGCAGGAUGCGGGGGGCGCCGGCGCGCCUGCUGCUGCCGCUGCUGCCGUGGCUGCUGCUCCUGGCGCCCGCGACUCGGGGCGCGCCGGGCUGCCCGGUCCCCAUCCGCAGCUGCAAGUGCUCGGGGGAGCGGCCCAAAGGACUGAGCGGCGGCGCCCCCAACCCGGCGCGCAGGAGGGUGGUGUGUGGCGGCGGGGAUCUCCCGGAGCCGCCGGAGCCCGGCCUGCUGCCUAACGGCACCGUGACCCUGCUCCUGAGCAACAACAAGAUCACUGGGCUUCGCACCGGAUCCUUCUUGGGCCUGUCCCUGCUGGAGAAACUGGACCUGAGGAACAACAUCAUCAGCACAGUGCAGCCUGGGGCCUUCUUGGGCCUGGGGGAGCUGAAGCGCUUAGACCUCUCCAACAACCGGAUCGGCUGUCUCACCUCCGAGACCUUCCAGGGCCUGCCCCGGCUCCUGCGACUAAAUAUAUCUGGAAACAUCUUCUCCAGCCUGCAGCCCGGGGUCUUUGAUGAGCUGCCAGCCCUUAAGCUUGUGGACUUUGGCACUGAGUUCCUGACCUGUGACUGCCACCUGCUCUGGCUGCUGCCCUGGGCGCGGAAUCACUCAGUGCAGCUGUCAGAGCGCACGCUGUGUGCCUACCCCAGCGCCCUGCACACCCAGGCCCUGGGCGGCCUCCGGGAGGCCCAGCUCCGCUGCGAGGGGGCCCUGGAGCUGCACACCCACCACCUCAUCCCCUCCCUGCGCCAAGUGGUCUUCCAGGGCGACCGGCUGCCCUUCCAGUGCUCCGCCAGCUACCUGGGCAACGACACCCGCAUCCGCUGGUACCACAACCAGGCCCUCGUGCAGGGCGACGAGCAGGCGGGCAUCCUCCUGGCCGACAGCCUCAUCCACGACUGCACGUUCAUCACCAGUGAGCUGACCCUGUCUCACAUCGGCGUGUGGGCCUCGGGCGAGUGGGAGUGCUCCGUGGCCACGGCCCAGGGCAACACCAGCAGGAAGGUGGAGAUCGUGGUGCUGGAGACCUCCGCCUCCUACUGCCCCGCCGAGCGCGUCGCCAACAACCGCGGGGACUUCAGGUGGCCUCGGACGCUGGCUGGCAUCACCGCCUACCAGUCCUGCCUGCAGUACCCCUUCACCUCGGUGCCGCUGAGCGGGGGUGCCCCGGGCACCCGAGCCUCCCGCCGCUGUGACCGAGCCGGCCGCUGGGAGCCAGGGGACUAUUCCCACUGUCUGUACACCAACGAUAUCACCCGGGUGCUCUACACCUUUGUGUUGAUGCCCAUCAACGCCUCCAAUGCGCUGACCCUGGCCCACCAGCUGCGAGUGUACACGGCCGAGGCCGCCAGCUUCUCAGAUAUGAUGGACGUAGUCUAUGUGGCUCAGAUGAUCCAGAAGUUCUUGGGUUACGUUGACCAGAUCAAAGAGCUGGUGGAGGUGAUGGUGGACAUGGCCAGCAACCUGAUGCUGGUGGACGAGCACCUGCUGUGGCUGGCCCAGCGUGAGGACAAGGCCUGCAGUGGCAUUGUGGGAGCCCUGGAGCGCAUUGGCGGGGCUGCCCUCAGUCCCCACGCCCAGCACAUCUCUGUGAACUCGAGGAACGUGGCCUUGGAGGCCUACCUCGUCAAGCCACACAGCUACGUGGGUCUCACCUGCACGGCCUUCCAGCGGAGGGAGGUCAGCCUGCCCGGCGGGCGCCCCAGCAGCCCCGGCCACAGCCCCCAGCCUGAGCCCGAACCCCUGGCUGAGCAGCAGCUGCGCUUCCGCUGCACCACUGGGAGGCCCAACGUGUCCCUGUCUUCCUUCCACAUCAAGAACAGCGUGGCCCUGGCCUCCAUCCAGCUGCCCCCCAGUCUGUUCUCAUCGCUGCCGGCUGCCUUGGCUCCCCCGGUACCCCCGGACUGCACCUUGCAACUGCUCGUCUUCCGAAACGGCCGCCUGUUCCGCAGCCAUGGCAACACCUCCCGCCCUGGAGUCGCAGGGCCUGGCAAGAGGCGUGGCGUGGCCACCCCUGUCAUCUUUGCAGGAACCAGUGGCUGCGGCGUGGGAAACCUGACGGAGCCCGUGGCCGUCUCGCUGCGGCACUGGGCCGAGGGUGCCGAGCCCGUGGCGGCCUGGUGGAGCCAGGAGGGGCCUGGGGGCUGGAGCUCUGAGGGCUGCCAGCUCCGCUCCAGCCAGCCCAAUGUCAGCUCCCUGCACUGCCAGCACCUGGGCAACGUGGCCGUGCUCAUGGAGCUGAGUGCUUUCCCCAGGGAAGCAGGGGGCGCUGGCGUGGGGCUGCACCCGGUCGUGUACCCCUGCACGGCCCUGCUGCUGCUCUGCCUCUUCUCCACCAUCAUCACCUACAUCCUCAACCACAGCUGCAUCCACGUGUCCCGGAAGAGCUGGCACAUGCUGCUGAACCUGUGCUUCCACAUGGCCAUGACCUCGGCCGUGUUUGCGGGAGGCAUCACACUCACCAACUACCAGAUGGCCUGCCAGGCGGUGGGCAUCACUCUACACUACUCCUCACUGUCCACACUACUCUGGAUGGGAGUGAAGGCCCGAGUCCUCCACAAGGAGCUCACCUGGAGGCCGCCCCCUUCACAGGACGGGGACCCUGCCCUGCCUGCUCCCCGACCCAUGCUCCGGUUCUACCUGAUUGCCGGAGGAAUCCCACUCAUCAUCUGUGGCGUCACUGCAGCUGUCAACAUCCACAACUACCGCGACCACAGUCCCUACUGCUGGCUGGUGUGGCGUCCGAGCCUUGGAGCCUUCUACAUCCCCGUGGCUUUGAUUCUGCUGAUCACCUGGAUCUACUUCCUGUGCGCAGGGCUGCGCUUGCGGGGGCCUCCCGUACACAGCGCAAAGGGUGCUGGCAGCAGGCUGUCCGCGGAGCCGGGGGAGGAGCUGAGAGGUCCCGCACGGCUCAGGAGCAGCGGCGCCCUCCUGAGCGACUCGGGCUCCCUUCUGGCAACCGGGAGCACAGGGGUGGCGACCCCUGCGCCCCCGGACAGCGACGGCCUCUAUUCUGCAGGGGUGCAGCUCGGGGCGCUGGUGACCACGCAUUUCCUCUACCUAGCCAUGUGGGCCUGUGGGGCUCUGGCCGUGUCGCAGCGCUGGCUGCCCCGCGUGGUGUGCAGCUGCCUGUACGGGGUGGCGGCCUCGGCCCUAGGCCUCUUCGUCUUCACCCACCACUGUGCCAGGCGCAGGGACGUCAGGGCCUCCUGGCGCGCCUGCUGCCCGCCUGCCUCGCCCGCGGCCUCCCACGGCCCUGCUCGGACCCUGCCCGCCGCCCCAGAAGACGGAUCCCCGGUGCCGGGAGAGGGGCCCGCAGGCUCGCUCAAGUCCUCCCCGAGUGGCUGCAGCGCCGGCGCGCCCCCGGGGCCCUGCAAGCUCACCAACCUGCAGCUGGCGCAGAGCCAGGCAUGCGAGGCGGGCGUGGCGGUGUGCGGGGAAGGGGAACCAGAGCCAGUGGGCUCACGGGGGAGCCUCGCUCCCCGCCACUCCAACAACUUGCACCACGGCCGCCGAGCGCACAAGAGCCGGGCCAAGGGGCACCGCUCCGCGGAAGCCGGCGGCAAGAACCGGCUCAAAGCCCUGCGCGGGGGCGCAGCGCCCGAGCUGCUGUCCAGCGAGAGCGGCAGCCUGCACAACAGCCCGUCUGACAGCUACGCGGGCAGCAGCCGCAACAGCCCGGGCGCCAGCCUGCAGCGGGAGGGCGAGCCGGCGCUCACGCCGUCCGAGGGCAGCGACACGAGCGCCGCGCCGCUCCCCGACCUGGGCCGGCCGGGCCAGCGCCGCAGUGCCAGUCGCGACAACCUCAGGGGCGGCGGCGGUGGCGGCGCGUUGGAGAAGGAGAGCAAGCGCCGCUCGUACCCGCUGCACACCGCCAGCCUCAAUGGCGCCCCCAAGGGGGGCAAGUAUGACGACGUCAACGUGACGGGGGCGGAGGCUGCUGGGAGCGCCUGCAUGAAGACGGGCCUCUGGAAGAGUGAGACUACCGUGUAGGGUGGGCGUGGGCCAUGUAUUAGGACAGGCUGGCCGCUCGGGCUGAGCCCCUCCCACUGCGGCCCAGGUGCCCAUGGGUGCUCACCUGUAGCCCUGGCAGGCUGGGGAUAAGGAGAAAGGCAGACGCUGGUCACUUGUCCUGAAGGCCAUGUCCCUGCUGCAGCGACAGACAAUCCCAGAAACACGCAUAACCUGUUUCCGUCCAGCUCAGGCCAAUUUGGACAGUCAAGCUAGGGGUACCCUGGCAGGGAGGCCCAGCCCAAGGAGGCCCCUGCCUCAGCACCCCCAACCCAACCUGACAUCAGCCCUACCAGGAAAAGCACAGAUGACCAGGGACGCUGCGGACUGGGUUGUCCGCUCACUGCCUUCCCCUGCAGGUCGGCCACUCAGGGCAUGGCUUCUCCCCAGCUUCUGGCAAAGGGAGCCAGCCUAGCAAGGAGCCAGGUGCCUAGGACCAAUGGGAGGGGACCAGGUGCUGCUUUUCAGACUAACUAUGCAAGAGGGGAGGGCGGCAGAUCUGGGGACCAACCAGUCCUGUAGGGAGGGCAGGUGGGAAAGGGCACGGCUGGGGCUGAGGCACGCUUCCCAGAGGAGAGGCCCACAAACUACACAGCAGAGCUCAGAGCAGGGCACAGGAGACAGGUGAGGCCCUACUCCUGGGAGCCAAGUCUGCCUGGUGCUCGCCCAUGACCCGAGGGAACCGUCCUGGGGUCCCGGGCAGGACUGAGUCACACGCUGGCCCUAGCACCACGACCGAUGCUCUGAGGAAGAGCUGCACCGUGAAGGCUGAAGCCCUUGGGCCGGUCGGCGAGACCCGAGUCUCAUCCGGGCCCGCACCGCCGCAGCGUGAAGGAGAGCGUCCUUGCCUCUGGGAGGCUGUACCGGAAGCUCCGGCUCUGGCUCUACCAGGGGAGCCUGCCGGAUGCCACACAGCGUCCCAACUCACCCCACCCCCGCUCAGCAGGGGAUUGUGCCUUCGCCACUGUUCAACACCAGCACUCGUGUUUUUCCCACCCUUUUACCACAGGACCAAAUGGUGUCCUCGUGAGGAGCGGUGAGAAACCCAGGGGCGGGCCAGGUCCCCUCCCGGCCUUCGUGUCAAGCCGGCCCGAUCACCAAGUGAGAGGACGCAGGGGAGGCGGCCCACGCCCGCUGGAAUGGGUCCUGUUAUUUAUGCUUGCUGCACAGACAUUAGAAGGAAAAAAAAAGCUUUGUAUUAUUCUUCCAC